AUGGCGCCGCUCAAGAUCCUCAUCGUCGGACCUAAAGAGGCCGGCAAGUCCACUAUUGCGAACUUCCUUGCCGAACACACCGAUCGUCUCGGCAGUCAGGAACGUUACCAACCGACCGUUGGUGUGCGGAUCUUGGAGCUUGAUAAGGGCAAGGCGAAUGUGGAGCUGUGGGACGUAUCGGGAGAUCAGAACUACGAGGCGUGUUGGCCGGCAGUGAUGAAGGAUACGGACGGUGUCAUUCUCGUCUACAACCCCGAGUCGCAUGUCCACGAGAGCGAGGCUGUGCUUUGGUUCGUAUCGCUCACAGAGCCUCGUAUUCGAGCACACGACGGGGAAUAG